UCAGCUCUUCUCUGCAGCAGGACCUUACCUGUUCCUCGGUCCAGCGCUGUGCAGUCUUCCCACGCCGGCAUCGUCUGCAGUCUCUUGGUCAUCCCCUGUACUGUGUCUGCAGUCUCUUGGUCAUCCCCUGUACUGUGUCUGCAGUCUCUUGGUCAUCCCCUGUACUGUGUCUGCAGUCUCUUGGUCAUCCCCUGUACUGUGUUUGCAGUCUCUUGGUCAUCCCCCGUACUGUGUCUGCAGUCUCUUGGUCAUCCCCUGUACUGUGUCCGCAGUCUCUGGUCAUCUCCUGUACUGUGUCCGCAGUCUCUGGUCAUCUCCUGUACUGUGUCCGCAGUCUCUGGUCAUCUCCUGUACUGUGUCCGCAGUCUCUGGUCAUCUCCUGUACUGUGUCCGCAGUCUCUGGUCAUCUCCUGUACUGUGUCCGCAGUCUCUGGUCAUCUCCUGUACUGUGUCCGCAGUCUCUGGUCAUCUCCUGUACUGUGUCCGCAGUCUCUGGUCAUCUCCUGUACUGUGUCCGCAGUCUGUUCAUCCCUGUACUAUGCCUGCAGUCUCUGGUCAUUUUCU